CUAAGGGGGAAUGUCCCCUUGGUAAGUCAAAGUCACAGACUGCAAGAGGGGAGCCCCAGAGCACCUACCUCUCCUUGCCUGGGAAACUAGCACUGGAGCUGGGAGAAGGAGGUGAAAAGGAUGGGCAGCAAGGAAGAUGUGGGGAAGGGAUGUCCGGCGGCCGGUGGCGUCUCCAGCUUCACCAUCCAGUCAAUCCUGGGCGGGGGCCCCUCGGAGGCACCGCGGGAGCCUGCCGGGUGGCCAGCCAGGAAACGCAGCCUGUCCGUGUCCUCGGAGGAGGAGGAGCCGGAGGAAGGCUGGAAGGCUCCGGCUUGCUUCUGUCCAGAUCCGCACGGUCCUAAGGAGCCAAGCCCUAAGCACCAUCCCCCCAUCCCUUUCCCUUGCCUGGGUACCCCCAAGGGCAGCGGAGGCCCGGGGCCUGCGUCCUCGGAACGCACGCCUUUCCUUUCUCCUUCUCACCCGGACUUUAAGGAAGAGAAGGAGAGGCUCUUGCCGGCGGGUUCGCCUUCUCCGGGCCCGGAGCGGCCACGGGACGGCGGUGCGGAGCGCCAAGCCGGAGCGGCCAAGAAGAAGACGCGCACCGUCUUCUCCCGCAGCCAAGUGUAUCAGCUCGAGUCCACCUUCGACAUGAAACGCUACCUGAGCAGCUCGGAGCGCGCUUGCCUCGCUUCCAGCCUGCAGCUCACCGAGACCCAGGUUAAGACUUGGUUCCAGAAUCGCCGCAACAAGUGGAAGCGGCAGCUCUCGGCCGAGCUGGAGGCGGCCAACAUGGCACACGCGUCGGCUCAGACUCUCGUGGGCAUGCCGCUGGUGUUUCGGGACAGUUCGCUGCUUCGAGUGCCGGUGCCGCGCUCUCUCGCCUUCCCGGCUCCGCUCUAUUACCCCAGCAGCAAUCUCUCGGCCUUACCGCUCUACAACCUGUACAACAAGCUUGACUACUGACACGCUCGCCCGCGGGCUCCAAGGGCGCCCCUGGUCUCCUGCAGCCGCCGGCAGAGCCCAGCGCGGUCGGGAUCCUUCCCAGGGCUCCGGAGCAGAGCGGCGCGUGUCCACAAAUAUUAAGAAAUACACCAUGUGUAUUCGUUAUGUCUUAUUUAUGGCCUCUUCCCUACCUUUUGUUUUGUUUUGUUUUGAGUAUUUAUCUGCAUUCCUCAUGCCAGAGCACCUGCUUUCUACACAAAACCAAACCAACAACGCGUUUGUAAACUAUUUUGGAAGGGGAGAUUCUCGGGCGGUGGUGGUGGGAAGGGCGGUUUUGAUUAGGUCGGUUUUGACCGGUAGCAAGAAAAAAAACAUCAGAAAAACACCAACAAAACCAGGUAGUCUUUCUCCCAUAUAUACAUCUGUAUAUAGAUAGUUUGCAAGGACACACGCUCAGCCGAGCCAAGCCAACUAGGGUUUUGGUCGCUGAACUAAUCACUUCUUUUUAUUCCCUUCAUCUUGAGGAUGGGUGGGGUGAAACGAGGAGAGUACAGAUCUGUAAAUAUUUUUAAAGAGAAAAAAAAUAAAACGUUUUAAACAUG